GUCGGAACUUCUUUCUUUUUUUUCAGUAAAGCGCCAAGUUUGAAGCGUGGGCUGUUUAUAAAGUUACUUUACUUUGUUACGUCUAAAAAAAACAACAACUUUUAAUCAGUGUGUUUUGUUUUAUCGCGGCUUUGACGGUACAUUUCCGUGUUUGUUUGUUUGUCUGAGCUCCAGUGCUGAUGAGCCAUGUUCACCUCAGAAUCUCAGUGUGUUCGCGGUGAAUCAGAACUGUGUCUCUCCUGAGAGGUUUUACUUUGAUUAAAUAAUCCGACUGCAGCGGGGUUUAAAAGGAGAAAGCUCACACUCGGCCAUUUUCCGUGUUUGGGAGCUGAAGCGAGCGAAGAGGCGAAUGGACACACACACUGAGGUGAUUGUGCUGAGCGAUUCCGAAGAUGACCACACGGGGGCGCUCAAGAACUCCUCUGUUUUAAUAGAAGAAAAGGAAGAGUGUAAAGCUCUGCCUGAAAUUCUGGAUGAGGAUGUGACCAUAACCUUUUCUCGGAAAGCCAACGUUAUGCCUCACGCCAGAUACGACUGCACCGUCUCUUUCAGCUUUACAGACUCAAACGUCUCAGGGCCGGAGAGCAAUAAUGCAGCGUACUGCGAGCAGUGCUUCUGUUAUAUCUGUAACCAACUGGCCUCACAGUGCAAGUUCUGGGCCGUUCCCGGGUUGUGUCACUGUAACGCUCACAAGCGUAGCGUUUACUGGAAAUCCCUCCGCGACAAAAGGAUCCUGGGACACCUGCAUGAGCUGAGCUUCACCUUUAAACCGGCGGAUAUGGAUUCAGCCCUCCAGCGUGCUGAAACCUCCCUGCAGGAGUUCUCAUGUAGCUUGUCGCUGAAGUAUGCCACUUUCUUGAUGGUGAGCCGCCAAAUUGCCUGCGGUUGCCUGUGUCAUUCCCGUUCCACCAAUAGCAAAGCAGCAGAGUGUGGCUCGGCCAGUGGGAACGUGAUGGGAUGUUCCUUGUGCUAUAACGAGCACCAAAAAAGUAUUCUGUAUAACUACACUCCUGUGAUGGAGCAUGUGCACGCUUUUCUCGAUGACUCCUUGAAGGAAAGUCCAAAGACCAGCUCGGUCAUGGUGCUUGGGGCCAUGAAGCUUUUCGUCAAACACUCUGCACCUGGAAACGUACAUGCUCCGGCGAUUUCACUUGUCACACUGGAACUGUUUGGGAGAGCAAUGACAAUGGUGCAGAUUUUGUUCGUCACUGCUGACUUUCCUGCCUCCUUUGACAAGACACUGCAAGUCUUCCUCCAGACUCUCCCACUUCCUCCAGACUUGAUGAAGUUCAGAAACAGACUGAAUGUCCUUUCCUGGAACGACCUUUUGCUGUCGGCGGUGCUGAAGGGUCAGAACGUCACCGGGGUGAGGAAGGUCAAAGGUCAACGCCCAGAGGUACUGCAUGAAACGGUGGUGGUGGUCCGAGCCCGGGUUCUUAAACUCCAGCAGCAGAACAGGUAUCGUGAGCUGGCUCGCUACCUGAAAGUUGUGAAAAGUGACAGCGCUGCCAAGCUACAGAUGAUGAGAGACUGGAUUCCACUUUAUUUGUGCAAGGUUGGUGAUUAUGCUGGUGCGAACGAGUCCUUGUUCAGUCACAUGCACGGCUGCUUGUGCACCGCCUCUAGGCUCAGUCCCACCCAAUUUGGUGCCUACUUCAGAAUAUUAAUGUCUGGCCAUGCCCCCAGCGGCGUACCACACCCACCGCAGGUUGACUUCCAUCCUUCUUCUCAAACGGUCCACCCGGUCCAGACAGAUCCGUUACUUAGCAGCACAUGGGAACCUAUUGAAGGAGGAUCCAAACUGCUGAAAAGGCAGGAGGUGCUGAAGUUUGCACUCCGAGUCCUGAACUGUAACAAUGCAGUCUUUGCACAUGCCGAAUGCUGGACAGCAGUGCUGAAAUUUGCCAACCUGUCGUCGUCUUCUGGUCCAGAUGGCUCGUGUUUACCGGAACCUGACUACAACUUCCUAAGAAGGGCCGGGGACAUCACCACGGGAAUCCUCAGGGAACUCAAACGUACUUCACAGAUCCUGAUUCCGAAAAGCUUCCAAAACGAAUAUCCGGACCACGCGUUGUUACUCUUAGCCACUCAGGCUUUAGCUGGAUGUCUUCUGCACUCACAACUCAAACCCAUCCUCCCCAUCAUCCUGACCUUCAAAUCAAACCCCUGGGCAGUGCGUUACUUGUUCAGCAGUUUACUGGUGCAGCCACAAGUGCUUCAGGAUUUGCUGUGUGUGACUCUGGAGGAACUUGUGGAUGGACAGUGCAAAUCCGUCUCAUGGGCACAGGACACCGCUGAGCAGGUCUUCAUUGUGGGUUUCCUCUGUCUGUUCUUCGUGGAGCCCAGAGUAACUCUCCAUCCCAACAUUUAUCCCAUGGCUGAUCUGCUGGCCAAGUGGAAUGAAUUGGAGAACCCGUGGCAGUACCACCUCAGACGAAUACUUGAGUUCAAUGAGCCGAGUUUGAGCGUGCACAAGCGGCAAAUCCUCAUCCAGAUGAUUCGGUGGCGUCAGCCUCACUAGUGUGUGUGUGUGUGUGUGUGUGUUAAGAAAUAUGCUCCCAUUAAGACGUCUCAUUGUUUGUGUGUAUGUUCAGUCUGAAGAGAUCAGGUACAGUAAUCAAAGCUGUUCCGAUAUUUUUUAAAAGGACUCUAGUGAUCCUGAUGUGUAUUACAACUUUUUCUAGUUUUUGAAAUGAUCUGAUUAAAGUUUUGUUAAAGCAUUUACAAAUAAAGAGCUUACACUUGUACAA